GUUGGCAAAUAACAAUUAGAUCUGUUAUGUCACUCUGGAGGGAUCCCAAGGAGACGGGCUUCAAAUAUCUUUGUUUGACAAAUUUAAAUCAAGAUUCCCUGGAAAAUUUGUUUGGUCAUGUAAGACAGCAUGGUAUCUUCAAUGCAAAUCCGACCUGGCAUCAGUUUGUUGCUGCCUUAAAAACAGUAGUUAUUAAUAAUUCCAGCUCACCUCUUUCUAAAGGUAAUUGCGAAAUCGAUUUUUGUGAUACUCUGGUCGAUUUCCGUGUUUUUUUUUUUGAUAAAUACGACGAUUAAUUGUAACAAGUUACAGUGAGUUUUGUACCUUGGGGAUGGCUGCAUCCGGCUCGGUA